CAUUGUUGAACCUUUUGUGCGAUGGGACUCGCGAUAUCUGCGCACACUCUAUUGACCUGUAUAUAUCAGGCGGUCCAAAUGAGUCCACUUGUAAACUCUGGGUCAAGUUUGGAAUAACACCUAGUCAAAAUGUCGCAGUACUCUGGAAAGGUGGUGUUCUACGAGGGGAAAUGUUUCACCGGGAGACAGCUGGACGUCUUUGGCGACUGUGACAACUUCCAGGACCGCGGCUUCAUGAACAGGGUGAACUCCAUCCGUGUGGAGAGCGGCGCCUUCGUGUGCUACGACCACCCCGACUUCAAGGGCCAGCAGUACAUCCUGGAGCGCGGCGAGUACCCCGAGUUCCAGCGCUGGAACGCCCACAACGACCACCUGGGCUCCUGCAGGCCCAUCCGCAUGCACGGAGAGCACUAUAGGAUCGAGCUGUUUGAGGAGCCCAACUUUGCUGGCCAAUUCGUGGAGCUGUGCCAGGACUGCCCCUUCCUGCAGGGUCAGGGCAUGGUCAAGAACUGCGUCAACUCCCUCAAGGCCUACGGAGACGGAGCCUGGGUGCUGUACGAAGAGCCCAACUUCCGCGGCCGCAUGUACGUGGUGGAGAGAGGAGACUACUGCAGCCACAUGCAGUGGCAGGCCCAGAACCCCAACAUCAAGUCCAUCCGCAGGGUGGCCAACAACUUCUAAACCCUCAAACCACUAUAGGAGCGGUGAUGACCCCGGGGAAUGCAUAGCCCCACGGGUACCCUCUGCCAGCAUAAUUAGACCAUACAAUACUGUUGUAUAUACUUUGAUAUAAUAAACGAUGUAAAAGAGA